UAAACAACUAGGAGAACCUUCUUGUGUUGUAUUUUCAUGUUAUCUAUAUAAAAUUUCUUUUCAACUUUAUUUUAUUUUCAACUUCAAGAUGAUCUCCAUAAAAUACCUUUGUGUUCUUUUUGUAUGUGGUUUAGGUUUCAUUUCUUCGGUUACUUCAAUCAGGAAGAGUUCUGGUGGAACUACUGAUGGUUCUGAAACAUGGGGAUAUGUUGAAGUUCGCCCACGUGCACAUAUGUUUUGGUGGUUGUAUAAGAGUCCUAAUAAACCCAAACAUCCAACCAAUUCUUGGCCUACGAUUCUAUGGUUACAAGGAGGCCCGGGUAGCUCCGGAGUUGGCUUUGGAAAUUUCGGAGAACUUGGACCCUUAGAUGUUGAUCUAAAGCCACGAAACUCGACAUGGCUUCAGAAGGCAGAUCUUUUGUUUGUGGAUAGCCCUGUUGGGUCCGGGUAUAGUUAUGUGGAAGAUAAGAGCUUGUUUGUCAAAACCGAUGUAGAAGCAGCAAUAGAUGUUACGACAUUGUUGAAGGUGAUCUACAACACAAACAAGAUCAAGGUUAAGAAUCCACUUUACAUUUUCGCGGAAUCUUAUGGAGGUAAAUUUGCAGUCACCCUUGCACUUUCUGCCCUAAAAGCUAUCGAAAAGGGGGAGCUCAAGAUUAAACUUGGAGGUGUUGCAUUGGGCGAUAGUUGGAUUUCUCCAGAAGAUUAUGUGCUUUCAUGGGGUCCAUUACUUAAGGAUAUGUCAAGAAUUGGUGAUGUUGCUUUCAACCAAUCAACAAGUUUAGCUCUAAAGAUUCAGCAGCAGAUAGCAAACGGACAGUAUGUUAAUGCGACAGAUUCAUGGGCUGAGCUCGAGGAGGUCCUUAUUGAUAGCAGCAACGGUGUGGAUUUCUACAACUUCAUGUUGGAUAUGAGGAACGAUCCAAAUAUUCUGACAACAAAAAAAUCGAAAAGAUUUGAAAAUAAGCCUUAUGCCUUGGUUUCUGAAGCCGAUGGAAAUGACCUGGAUUCCGUCAUGAAUGGUCCAAUUAGAGAAAAACUAAAGAUUAUUCCCACUCACGUAGAAUGGGGAGGGCAAAGUAGCGAUGUGUUUACGGCCAUGGAAGGAGACUUCAUGAAACCGAGAAUCGAAGAGGUUGAUGAGCUUUUGUCGAAGGGUGUAAAUGUGACAAUAUACAACGGUCAGAUUGAUCUAAUUUGUUCAACCAAGGGAACAGAAGCGUGGAUCAAAAAACUCAAAUGGGAUGGUUUGUCGACAUACUUGAACAUUCAUAGGACUCCAUUAUACUGUGGUGAAGAUAAAAGCACCACAAAAGGAUUCUUUAAGUCAUAUGAGAACCUUGCCUUCUACUGGAUUCUUGGAGCCGGUCAUUUUGUUCCCGUGGAUCAGCCUUGUGUUUCUCUAGAGAUGCCACCCACGUGCCUUGCACGCAGGGGCAUUUUCGUCUUUUGCUUGAAUUCGAAAACCCUUACUUUCCCUGAAUCGGGAGAAGAUAAUCAUUCACAGAAAUGGUAUUUUGAUUACUUAGAAUAUUUUCGAUUCGGGUCUACAAGUUCUCGAAGAACGCGCAGGUUAGCAGAGGCAAAUUCCCCUUCUCCUUCUCCGGCUCCGUCUCCGACUCCGUCAGCUGCACCAGCUGAAGCUCCGACAAUCCGGAGACCUCCAACUCCUCCAUUUUUUCCGGCGGAGCCUCUUGACCCUAGUUCCGGUACAACUGGACAAGCGCCGCCGGUGAAUUCUUUUGGAAACACAGAGUCGAAUAAUGGGAAGAAUGACGAUACACAUAAAAAGAUUAUUAUUGCGGUGGUUGUUACUGCUACGACGACGUUUUUUCUCGCCGGAUUAAUGUUUUGUUGUUAUACAAGAGGUUGGGGUAAACGCCGACAAAACGAUGAAAGGCCUCUUCUGAGUUUGAGUUUGAGCGAUUAUUCUAUUAAUGGUGUUAAUCUUUCAGAUGGGUCGUAUAAACCCUCGUACAAUUUGAAUUCAUCUGUUCAUAAUAUUGGAAAUUCCGGCGAUGAAUUAGUGUAUGGAAAUUCAAAUGUGAAAAUGGAUUCCAGUAUUCCGGUCGGUAUUCCGUUACGACCUCCGCCUGGUAGGGUGGAGUCGUCGUUACAACCGCCGCCUGGAAGGGUUGAGUCUUCUAAACGGUUGUCUGCGAAUGCAGCUCCGGCACCUCCACCUCCAAUGCCUCCUGCUGCUACACCUCCACCGCCUCCUCCUCCAUCUAAAGGAGCAGGACCACCGCCGCCUCCACUUAAAGGACCAGGACCACCGCCGCCGCCACCUAAGCCUCCUGCUCCACGUCCUCCUCCUCCUCCGAGUGGGGGUCCACCUCCGCCACGACCGCCUGUUUCAAUACAAACCCUGAAAAGACGAAAAUGCCCCUACGUGCAAGGCACGUGGGUGGCUUAA